AUGUCUGGGCAAAUUGUGCCGGAGACAGAUUUGCGAAUUCUGGACUGCAGGCCGCUGCAGCUGCAGCUGGACCACUCCGUCCACUCCAACACGUUGCUGCAGCAGCAGCAGCAGCAGCAGCAGCAGCAGCAGCAGUGGCAGCAGUGGCAGCAGCAGCAGCAGCAGUGGCAGCAGCAGCAGCAGCAGUGGCAGCAGCAGCAGCAGCAGUGGCAGCAGCAGCAGUGGCAGCAGUGGCAGCAGUGGCAGCAGCAGCAGUGGCAGCAGCAGCAGCAGCAGUGGCAGCAGCAGCAGCAGCAGCAGCAGCAGCAGUGGCAGCAGCAGCAGUGGCAGCAGUAG